CUCUACACAGCACUUCAGAGACGAGAAGUCGAGCCGCAUCCCCCUUGUUCCGGACGGAACUCCGGCCUCUGCGCUUUCCCCGCGCAUCGUUUCCGCAAACUGAACCCGGUACCGGAUGAAAGGACGAAAAUGGAUGGAGGGAUUUUUUUUAUACAGUUGAAGCCUCCACGUAAUUGGGACUGAACAGCUCUGCGUAAUUGGCCAGCGGAAGUUUGUGAGGCAGCGCGCGCAGUCCAAGCAACUUUGCCAAGGCUCAGCGCGGGAGGUCUAUUUUUAGAAGCGUUUAGUUUUCUUUUCUUUUUUUUCUUUUUAUCGCUGUUGAAAUACAGGUACAGAAAAAGAAAGUAAAUUAGACAUACGUCCUAUUAUUUAUCCGUAGGUGAUGCUUUUUCUCGGGAACGUUUCAGCGCAAAGCAAAAGAUCCGCCUUUGACGCCGGGUUUUUUAAUUCUGUCAAUGGAGAGCAAAUGAGACGGUUAUUUCCACUGUUUGAUUGACAGCUCGACGACAGGAUGCGGGAGAGGGAGCUGCGGUGCGUGGGCAAGAGAGUGCUACUGCUUGGCGUCUGCCUGCUGUCUCUAUGGGGGCAGCUGAGCCUGGCCUCCUCACACCGCAGCCACAUCGUACAUGUCAAGGCAGGAACCUGUGAGGUCAUAGCAGCGCACCGUUGUUGUAACAAGAACAAAAUCGAAGAGCGUUCUCAAACUGUCAAGUGCUCCUGCUUUCCCGGACAAGUCGCCGGCACCACCAGAGCUGCCCCCUCCUGCGUGGAUGCAUCUAUAGUAGCACAGAAGUGGUGGUGCCAGAUGCAGCCCUGUAUGGAGGGUGAGGAAUGUAAGGUGUUGCCAGAUCUUAAAGGUUGGAGUUGCAGCACCGGGAACAAAGUCAAGACGACCAGGGUCACACGGUAGUCUGGGUUAAGGAUAUCUGGAACCAUUACCUUAGAUCAUAUGGAAAUGCAGGAUCCAGGACUUGAAGACUGCUUGAGGACAGUGAAAAUGAUGUAUUUGGAUUUCAGUGGAAUACCGAUAUCCUUAGAAAUGGAAACUCUCCAACAGAACUUCUUUGCUUUCUCCGGGGCAGCCUUCCAAACUUCCAUCCAUGUUUUAUAACUAAAGGACAAGAACUUCCAUCAUGUAAAAUUUCGUGUUCACCAAGACGUUGACAUACUGACAAUACAGCAAGGCGUUAAUCCAGAGAUGUCGUGACACUCUGCAGAACUACCAAUGACAUUUUCCUUUCUUUCUUUCCUUCUUUUUUCUUUUUCUUUCUUUUUUUUUUGAAAUGACAUCAGGCUUAAAAAUUUCAUUAACUAUUUGAAGUGUAUGUGUUCCAGAGCCGAUUGUGUUCCCUUCUCCAUCCCUUAAUGUUUAACGUUUCUUUCUUCUUUUAUAGGAAGAUUUUUGAUCUUUGUGAGGUGUUUACUUUUAAAGACAAACCCAGAGCACUUGUGUUUUAAAAUGAACUUGUGCCAUCGAAAGAAGUACAUUAAGUAUUAAAAAUAUAAGAAGUCUAAUCUAUGACGGUUGGAGUUUGGCAAGUGGUCCACUGAAAAUGAAUAGAACUUUGCAAUCACAGAUUUGCUGUUUGUUUAAAAGAAAAAAAAAACAGUGACUGCUAUUGAGUAAAAAGUGUAAGUAUUAUCUUAAAUAAAAGUAUCUCUAUGGGAAACCUCCACACACUAUUUGAAAGAAUUUAAAAGGUGACACACUAAACACUGACACAGCAUUUCCUAGAACAGUGGAAGUAACUAUUUUUAAACGUAUUGCAAUGCCAUGCUACAUUAAGAUGCAUAGCCACUUUCAUAAACUCUUGCGCUGAUGCUACUGUUUUUCAUAUAAAGUAAUAAAUGUCAUUUAACUGUCAAGAUUAUCACAAAAUUAUGUUAAUAUCCAAAGCAAGACUGGCACACAUUCUUUUCUGAGAUAUGCUCUAUGAAGACACUACUUUGUCAGUCUAUGAUUCGCAAAGUGCUUAUGCAGCUAUCACAGAGCACUUCAGACUAAAUUGUGGAAGACAGAGGUAAGGCUAUUAGCAUAAUACCAUUAGACAGUACUUCUGCCUGGCUAAUUUACCAUUAGAAUUACCGGCAGUGGAAUGAGGAGAAGCACUCGGAGGUAAGUCAACAUGUCAUUUGCUGAGAGGAGCAAGUGACAGAAGUGAUACCCCUCAACAUGCUAUAAACAUCAUUUUCAGCUACUAAUGUGCUAAUAUGUUACCCUAAAUCACAGCCUAUGCGCAAGCUUAGCAUUAAAAGGAUGUGCCAUUAGCAGGGAGUAUAUGCAAUUUAUCUAAUUGUUUGCUUGUGUGUGGAUGUGUGUGUUAGUGUGUAGGAGCGGCAGAUGACUCACAUUACAUUUGUAUUCACAGCAGAGUUCUAAGGGUUGCAAGGGUCUUGACUUUCCUUAUAGCUCUCUCACAUCUCUCCUUCAUUUGCUCUUGAUGCUUUUCACCACAGAUUAUUAGCCAAAAAAAGUGAAUUUCUUAUGGCUGUAAAUCCU